GCCACGUUCAAAAACAAGCGUAAGGGACAUCCUGACAUAACUGAUCCACACUGAACUCUCCGAUAAAGUUUCGUGUGGGAUUUGUGUCUGCAAGACCAAAAACAAAACUGAAGUUCACACAGAGAUGGCACGAACAAGAUCCUUCUACAAAGAUGUUCUACCAGUUGUGGUGAUUAUAGGCAACGAAUUCAAUGACAUGGGCACACUCACUCUGUUCAAAGCAGCCACACUUCAAGGGAUGAACAACCAUGUCUUUCUUGCCUAUGCUUAUGCUGUUGCUACCACUAUACUCUUACCUGUGCUUUAUCUCAACAGAAGGUCAAGAGUGCUUCCUCCACUCAGUUUCUCCAUAAUUUCCAAGAUAGUUCUUCUUGGAGCACUAGGGAGUACAUCCCAGAUUCUGGGAUAUGCUGGAGUCAAUUACAGUUCUCCAGCACUUGCUUCAUCAAUUGCUAAUCUGGUACCUGCUUUCACUUUCAUGCUUGCUGUCACCUUCAGGAUGGAAAAAUUAGCUGCAAAAAGAAGAAGUAGUCAAGCUAAGGUAUUGGGAAGCAUAAUAUCAAUAGCUGGUGCAUUUGAAUUGACUUUCUACAAAGGUCCAUCGGUCAUCAAUGGUCAUACCCGUCUAACCUCAUUACUUGAUCAACGAUUUCGCUUUCUUAAAUCUGACUCUGAGGAUGCAAUUUGGGCCAUUGCUGGCAUUCUACUGACAGCUGACUAUUUCCUAGCAUCACUAUGGUACAUUUUGCAGGUGCAUAUCUUGAAUGAGUUCCCGGAUGAACUAACUAUAGUCUUCUUUUACAACGUGACUGCCACCAUCAUAUCCGUAACUGUAGGUUUAUUAGCAGCGCCAAAUGCAACUGCUUGGAAGAUAGGACUAGAUAUUUCACUGGUCUCCAUUGUUUGCUCUGGAAUAUUUGGGAAAUUAAUGAGCAAUGUUAUUUACACCUGGUCAGUGGGCUUAAAAGGACCUGUGUAUGUAACAUCAUUCAAGCCAUUCCAAAUUGUCAUUGCUGUUGGGAUGGGUGUUAUUUUCCUUGGUGAUACUCUUCAUCUUGGGAGUAUUAUUGGAGCUACAAUAAUAUCAAUUGGCAUGUAUGCUGUAUUGUGGGGCAAAGCAAAAGAAGAGAUAGAAGAAGAUGUUGGUAGCCUGGAAUCAGUAACUACAGAGAAUGUACCUCUCUUGCAUAGCUACAUAUCUGAAACUUUUGAAAAGAAGACAGAUGGAAAUGUUUAGAAAGACAAGUAAAAACUCUUCAUUCCUCUUAACAUCAUAGAAAACCAUAAAGAGCUGCUGAGUCACCAAGUUGUUUCCUCUCUAAAGGACAGUGAAUGGAAAAUUUUCAGUAGUUCACUCGAUAUGGGAUUGCAUCAACAGAAGUUCUUACUAGUCUCCCUUCACCUUUAAGAAUGGAGCCUGCACUAAACCUUUCCAUAGAGAGGGAGCAACCUCUCUUCAAGUGUUUUAUGGUAAAGCUGACAUUUUUCUGUCUAAUAGCAUGUCAUUCUCAAUGUGAAGAUGUAAAUGACAAGUGUAUAUGUAUAUAUAAAAUAAUUUUUCUCAUAA